AUGAGAAAACCUCCGGAUUCGUUUAACCCUGUUGCUGUAACAUUCAAGUCUAUAUUUGAAAAGACAGCACUUAGUUUAGUUCCCGAUUUAAAACAAGAAUUAUCUGUUUUAUCGGAAGAUUUACUUUCAGAGUUCAGAACAUUCCCACGGAGCAAUCAAGAAUAUCGAUCUGUUAUCAAGAUCCUUACGGAAACAUCCAAGAUCCACACACAAGGUGUUUUAUCAUUCUUAAAAGAUUUAUUUGUCACAACUAUUCACCUUCGUGGUAAUAAAACAGUUCCAUUAGAGCACUACAUAUUACCAGAAUACGAUCCUAACAAUCCAAAUCACGUUUUAUUCAUUCGAUACUACGAGUACAUUUUCAUGACUGAUUUAAUCACAUCUAUCUUUGUUUCUAAUCCAAUUAUCACUGAAUUUAAACAUUUACAAGAUCUUGGUUAUCUCCUUUGCUCUAUCAGCAUCUCAGAACCAGUUAUGUACGAAAUGGUUUUACCACAAUUCGCAUAUAUCAUUCACACUAUCUCUAAAGUCAACUUCGACCAAUUUUACGACAGCUUUUCACAACUUAUUAUCAACAAACCAGAACCAUACUUCAUUUUAGUUAAAUAUGUCCAUCUUGUUGACGAAAAUCCUAAAUCAUACGACUUCCUCGAGAUCAUUUACGACUACAUGAACCAUCAGAUCCGUCGUAAGACUGCUACUAACCUCAUGUUAGAGUCAGUUUCUACUCUUCUGCUUAAAUUCAUUGCACACAACCAAAUCAUCAACAAGUUCGAGCGCCUCGCACAACUUUCUCUUAAGAUCGAAACACUGAAAUACGGUGCAUUGGAACUAAUUUCUACAAUCAUGGCAAACAACCGAGUUUCAUUCAGUGACAAGCUUCAAUUCUAUACACGUGAAGUUGUUCCUCUUCUUCAAGAAGAAACAGGCUUCAACAUCGUUGUUCGAAUUUUUUACAUUUUAUCUUUCGGCUCAUACAUCAAUUCUAACCAGUUUCUUUCAUUUUGGGUCCCCGAGACAUCUGAUUUCGAGUUUGUUCCUAUCGAAAUCACUGAUUCCAUCCGUAAAGAGAUCAUUGAAAUGUCUAAACAGUUUCUUGAUACUAUAUUCCCACACGAAGACUUCUCACAAGUACAAUCUAUCAUCCGAAACACACUUCUUUACUUUGCAUGUGCGGAUUUCGAUGUUUUCAUCAACGAAAUUGCAGAUAAAUUUCUUUCAUGCGAUGAUGAACGAUUCACUACAUUUUUGAGUUGUGUUGGUCCUAUCAAUAACAACAUCAUCCAUAUUUGUCCCGAAAUGAUUAUUAAAUUUAACAAUAUUUUAAGUCAAAUCACAUAUCGAAAACUCAACUCAUAUCUUCAUAGCGAUAUGGUCAGCCGGUUCUUCUCUAGCAAACUUUUUGAGAAAACACAAAACGACAAAAUUUCUAAAAAUAAUAUUUUCGAAAUCAUGAGCAAAUGGGAUGUAGAUACGGGGCCAAUAUCAGAAAUAAUGCGAAGAUCAGAUUCUUUCCAGAUAAAUGGCAAUAUCGUUCUUCCUUCUUCACAUUUAAUUGAAACUCUUCCUUACAUCCUUACUUCCAACUCCAUACAGCCAACAAUGUGGACUUCCAUGCUUGUUAAGCUCUCCGCCAUCAACAAUUCGUCAAUUGCGAACCCCGCAUCCGUAAUUUUAUUAAAACACAUUGACGAUCAAAAAGACAAGACAAAAAUUUGUGAGAAUUUGGUCGCAAUGAUAACGAUCAAAGAAACUCCCGAAAUUGUUUUUGUUUGUUUGAAUUUAUUACUUCAUGCGGCCAAAGCAUGCGAUCCCUCGCAAGAUAGAGCUCAGAAUGAUGUUUACAGUCAGAUGGAGUACGUAUCCUUCCUUUGUUUGGCCUCUGAAUACCCUUUCAUGAGAAGUAUUUCCUAUCAAUUGCUGAUUGUUCUCAAUAAACUGAAAAGUAACGAAGGAUUCUAUUCCCACAUUGAAAAGCAUAUCCAAGCCAUUGAAUCCAAUGUUAAACACAACAUUUUAUUGCAGCAAUUACCGAAAAGACCAGAAAAUCACAAAUAUUAUGUGGAAGAAAUCAGUUUAGAGACAGCUUUGAACUCUCCCUACCAACAUAUAUGGAACUACUUCCUAUCAGAGUUCUCCCGAAUCGUUGCUUUCAUCAAAUACCUCCCUAUUACGGAAAAAAUUUCAGAUGUCCCAAAAAUUUUCUUGGAAUCUAAGAAGAACCACCUUACAUUAGGAUUGCUGGUAAUAUUCUUCUCAAUGUCAAUCGUUAAAAAGAACUUUAACAAAGAAUUUUACGUUUAUGAAACGAAAUUAUUGACAGAUACGCCUGUUUCAUUGGACAUGAACAUUCUAAAGACAAUAUUAGAGAGAAUAUACACAAGAGAAACCAUUUCUUUGGCAAUUGCAGUGAAACAUACAAAUUAUACCUUAGUUCCUUUCGUUUUAUCGACUUUAAAGUCCAUAGCCCUUAAGAAUAACCCAAUAAUAGCCAUGACAAUGGAUAUCAUCUACAAUUUACUCAAAUCAAUCGAAGGAAUUAACAAUUUAAGAGUAGAAACAUACGAAGAUGCCAAUUACAUAUUGGAAUCAGCAGAGAAGAACUUUAAACCACUCAAACCUUCCUCAGUUCAAAACAAAGAGCAUUUAAUUUUAUAUUAUUUGCUUUGUAUGCAGUUUUGGAUCUUAUCCAACAAGACAACCAUCUCCAUUAACGCUAAGAAUAGAUCUCUGACCUUCAUUCUCGAUAAUUUCAAGGAAGAUCAUAGAUUUAUUUGCUAUGCCGCUUCAACUCUUGUUUCUUUACUCGAAACAGGAGAAGGAUUCGGCCAAUUACCAGAAAAUACGAUCAGAAGUCUUCUCAAAAUUUUAAUAAUUUGCGAAGAACACAAUUAUGACGUAUUAGUACCACUUUUAGACAAAGAUUUCAACGUAUUCAUAGAAUAUUACAUAGAAUAUUGCUAUACAGGUAGUCAAAGUACGAGUGAUUUCUUUUUCAACGCGAUUUCGGAAGUUAUUGACCAAGGAAAUGGGUCAAACAAGGAAGAAAACCACAAAAAGAUACUAUCUAACCCAUAUCCAAUAAUAGUUAUUGGUUUGUACAAGCUAAAAACUGGAUAUUCUUUGGCAGAUUCAUUUUUGAGGAAUUAUCUCAUGAAAUACGCAAAUGAGAAGAUGGAAUCAGUCAUACAGCAACUCAAUACAGAUAACGAAAACAAAAUGCCAAUAAUUGACAUAAUAUUAAAAUAUAUGCCAAAACAUGGCGAAGCAAUCGUACAUACAGCGUUAUCCAUACUCCAGAAAUUCAUCAAUUCCUGUUCUGUAAAGGUUUUCGUUGAUAUUAUGAUGCCAUUUGUCUGUAAUUUCCGUAUUUUGCCAUACCAACACUCCUGCAUGAAUAUUCCACCGCAUCUAUCGCGAAUGUCUCCUUAUCAGUUCCUCUGCCUCUUGUUUGACGUCACUUCCCAUGUGAAACCACAAGAUUUCGAACAUUUGACAGAAGUUUGGUCUCUUCUUAUGAAAGAAGAAGAAUCACGGGCCAUUGUCCUUCCAUUCUUAUUCGAAAUGAAGAAUCCCGAAGUACAGAUCGAGCUAUUCACUGAACUUCUCCAAGAAAAUCCGAAAGAAAUCAUAAAUUCACUUUUAAAGCGACUGGAGUUCAGUUUCUACGCGUACUGUAGCUACCAGGGAGAGCGUAAGUAUGACGACGAGAUGUGGAUCAUACAAGUUAUCAUCAAAGCCAUACAAUACAAGGAAGUCUCGAGAAAUCCGAUCGUAUUACACCAUGCUUUGCUAUUUCAUUCAUCGCAUACACUUCAGUUGCUCAAGAAACUAUGUAAGCAGAAUAAAAUAGCAUACAGCAGGCGAGCUUUGAGUGAUAAUUCGCUGGCUUUGAUUGUUGAGUCGUAUUCCAAUAGUUUUAAGAGCAUGGGUGAGAUGAAACUGAUAGAGACAUGGGCGUUAGAGGCAAUGAGAUGGGUUAUUGGCAGCAAAUCCUUGAAAAUCGCGUCGACAUCAUUAGUUAUUUUGAAUCACAUUGAUUAUACACCAAACAAAGAGAAUUCAACAGCUUUCUUCCACGGAAUAUUCAGAAGUGUCGCUUAUUUCCUUGGAAAUUGCACUGAAUUGGACCAAUACACUUCGAAAUUUAUCAAUGACACUUUUGUUUACUUUAACCGUUUCUUUUCUGGUAAUGAAAAGUUGGCUUUCGAUUAUAUCAAGUGCUUCUUCGAAUUCGUUGUUAUAGUCGAUGCCUACUUCGAUCAGAUGAUUCCGCUCUACGCACAGUGCAGAGAAUCAAAUGUGACAAAAGAUGACGCUGAACAAUACUUGCUGUUAGCAAUCCGACCAAUUUUCAAUGAACUGGAAAGCGACAAUAAGGCAAAAUAUCUUUUUAAGCACAUUUUAAGAGCAAAUGGUCAUAUUAUUGAUGUAAGACUUGUCGGAGCGUUACUUAAACCAUUUGAUGAGUGUUGUAGACUGCUUAAGGAGAUAGAAAGAGAUAUAGAUGUUCCAGAUUUCAACAGAUUACUUGGACAUCUCAGUUUUAUGUCAUUGACGGCUUCUGCGGAUCUGAUGACAAAGAUAUUUGUGGCAGCUAAUAUUAUUUUGAAGAAAUACGCUGUUAUUCGAGGAGAUUCUAAGAAUAAUAAGCCAAUUCCUUUGAUGCCGAUCAGUUCUCUCACUGAUUUACUUCAGCCUGAAAAGAGGACACAACCAGUAGACAUAUUAUCCCCGGAUAUCGAUAAAAGAGCACUUCAUAUCCUUUAUAAAGUUGCAUUGUCGAAAGUUAUGUCAAUGCAUGAGUCAAUUGACCUUAUUUUGUGUAUUUCCAGCAUUGAACCUUUGAUUUCUACGACGAAUUUCGUUGAAGAUCGCGAUUUUGUUGCAGAAGCAAACGGAGUCAUUCAAAAUCUGAACAAUUUAGGAAAACGUGUCAAUGAGGUCGUAAGUUUUACCGAAUGCCAGGAUUUGGAGUCGACAUCCAACUUAUUGAACCCAGAAAGUCAUCCAAAAGUCCAGCCCUUCACGUCAGAGCACGAAGUACUUGAACUUAUAUCAAAGGAGAACAGCAAAGUCAUUCCUUUGUCACCAGACAGAAAAUUCUUCAAAAUGGUCGCAAAAUUAACUGAUGUUUACACGCAAUUGAAGGAUGCUGUGAAAGCUAAGUUAAAUGCUGAUGGCCUGUACAUCGAAAGAGAGUUCAAACCUUUGAUUCCUCCUCAAGAAAUUUUGGAAGAUUUGGAUUUCGAAUAUCUACCAAUGAAUUUCGAUCCAUUGUUCACUAUUGAAGGAUUCUGCAGACCAGAGAAGAGGCAACAACCUUCAAGACAAAAUUAUGUUCGAUAUGAAUUUUAA